AGUAUUUCAUAGGAAUGUAUCAAGAGUAACCAUUUCGACAUGUGUUGUAAUUCAUAGAUAAUGUAUCAUGUGUACAGGAGAUUAUUCCUCACUUGCUGAGUUACCGUAAAACGGAUAAUUAACAUAGAAGUUAUUUGGAAAAAUGAAAAUAUACAAUAUUUUUUAUUUUAUCUGUUGGCUUAAAAAAAACGCAAACUCUUGUCUGAUGGCGCAAAAUCAUGGGUUCACCUUACAGUAUUUCCAUGUAUGUCCGCAGACAAACGGGGGCCCCGUCGUUGCACAAACUAUAUGAGAUUAAACAAACACAUUAAGAUGUCGAACCUGGAAUAAUUUGAGCAUGAAAAGCUAAUAAAUCAGAGCUAGGGAACGGGAGAGGAUUGAAUUGAAUUGUAUUUUUUUUUUUUUCGUGCGCGUUCGGGUUCGUGCAUGCGCGCGCCUUCUUGCGUAUACGUGUAUAAAAAAGAAAAGAAGUGAAGAGGGGGGGGAGUCACGUCGCUGACAUUUGCAAGCUCCCUCUCUGAUUGGCUCUUAUUUGAAGAAGCUCACGGGUUCUUUCAACUAAUAAGCGCCUCCCCGUUGCUCUAAAGGACAUUAUAAUGCAAGGGGCCACCUUUUUUUAACCACAAACCGAAUUUUCGUUCAUUUAGACGAUAUAUACUUUUUAAAUUGCCCAAAGUUGUGGGAUUUUUUUGGAGCGCAUUUCACCCUGGAGCGGUACGCGAUGCUCUCCCACUCCGACCUCCUGGAUGCUCGGCUCGGUGAGUUAUCCUCGCUAAACUCCGGCCCUAAACUCCAGUGGAUGAAAGAUGCUGCGGAGUUACUGGGACACCGGGAGGCUCUCAAGUGCAGGCUCGGCGGUGGGGUGUCAGACCAGGGGCACCCGGGAGACAUGGCCCCUGGUUCAGACUCCGUGGAAGGAACCACCCUACUGCCGGGAGAUGACAUCACCACCGUUGGAUCCAACUCCGCCGGCAUGACGGUGAACGGGAAAGAGCAGGAGAAGCAGCAGCAGCAGCAGCCGCAGCAGAGCUCCAGCCAGUCGGCCAGCCAGCAGAAACAGAAGCGGCACAGGACGCGCUUCACGCCGGCGCAGCUCAACGAGCUGGAGCGCAGCUUCGCCAAAACCCACUACCCUGACAUCUUCAUGAGGGAGGAGCUGGCGCUGAGGAUCGGCCUCACCGAGUCCAGAGUUCAGGUCUGGUUCCAGAACAGACGCGCAAAAUGGAAGAAAAGGAAGAAGACCACCAAUGUCUUCCGUUCUCCGGGGACGCUGCUCCCAACAGCGGGCCUGCAGCAGUUCUCCGCCGCGGCCGCCAUGGAGAACAGCCUAUGCUCCUUCCACGCCAACGACUCUCGCUGGGCUACGGGGAUGCCGGGGGUCUCCCAGCUGCAGCUCCCGCCGGCCCUGGGUCGCCAGCCGGGCAUGCAGUCCCUGUCACAGUGCAGCCUGGGCCCGGGGCCGCCACCUAACUCCAUGGGGCUCUCCAACGGCCUUUCCUCCAACGGCUCCGGUCUGCAAUCCCACCUCUACCAAUCGCAUUUCCCUGGUAUGUCGGCCUCUCUCUCCGGCCCCACGAACGUAUCGGGCUCGCCGCAGCUGUGUAGUUCCCCGGACAGUGACAUGUGGAGAGGGACAAGCAUCGCAUCAUUGCGGCGCAAAGCGCUGGAGCACACAGUGUCCAUGAGUUUCACUUAGUGACUUUUCAAAAAGAAAAUACCCCGCCGCACUCCUCCUCUCCCACCUCCCCCUCCC